GUCGAGGUCGGGGCCCGUGCAGCCGCAAUGAAGCGGGACGUGCGCAUCUUGCUCCUGGGCGAGGCCCAGGUGGGAAAGACGUCGCUGAUCCUGUCGCUCGUGGGCGAGGAGUUCCCCGCGGAGGUCCCUCCCCGCGCCGAGGAGAUCACCAUCCCCGCAGACGUCACCCCGGAGAGGGUGCCCACGCACAUCGUGGACUACUCAGAAGCCGAGCAGACGCCAGAGGAGCUCCGGGACGAGAUUCACAAGGCAGACGUGGUGUGUAUGGUGUACGACGUGUCUGAGGAGGCCACCAUUGAGAAGAUCCGAACCAAGUGGAUCCCACUGGUGAAUGGGGAGACUGAUAAGGGCUCCAGGGUCCCCAUCAUCCUGGUGGGCAACAAGUCGGACCUGCGGCCGGGGAGCUCGAUGGGGGCUGUGCUGCCCGUCAUGAACCAGUUCCCUGAGAUCGAGACAUGCGUGCAGUGCUCUGCCAAGAACCUGAGGAACAUCUCGGAGCUGUUCUACUACGCGCAGAAGGCUGUGCUGCACCCCACAGCCCCGCUCUACGACCCCGAGGCCAAGCAGCUGAGGCCCGCGUGUGUCCGAGCCCUCACGCGUAUCUUCAGACUCUCGGACCAGGAUCUGGACCAGGCGCUCAGUGACGAGGAGCUCAACGCCUUCCAGAAAUCCUGCUUUGGGCACCCGCUGGCCCCUCAGGCCCUGGAGGACGUGAAGACAGUGGUGUGCAAGAACGUGGCCGGAGGCGUGCGGGAUGACCGGCUGACCCUGGACGGCUUUCUGUUCUUGAACACGCUGUUCAUCCAGCGGGGCCGUCACGAGACCACGUGGACCAUCCUACGACGCUUUGGCUAUGGGGACACGCUGGCGCUGACCCCGGGCUACCUUGUCCCGCCGCUCCACGUGCCCCCCGGCUGCAGCACCGAGCUCAAUCACUUCGGGUACCAGUUCGUGCAGAGGGUGUUUGAGAGGCACGACCGGGACCGCGAUGGCUGCCUCUCGCCUGCAGAGCUGGACGGCUUCUUCAGCGUGUUCCCCGCUGCCCCGUGGGGCCCCCAGCUGCCUCUCGAGGUCUGCACUGAGGCGGGCCGGCUGUCUUUGCAUGGGUACCUCUGCCAGUGGACCCUGGUGACCUACGUGGAUGUCCGGCGCUGUCUCGAGCACCUUGGCUACUUGGGCUACCCCACGCUCUGCGAGCAGGACUCGCAGGCCCACGCCAUCUCAGUCACUCGUGAGAAGAGGCUGGACCAGGAGAAGGGGCAGACGCAGAGGAACGUUCUCUUGUGCAAGGUGGUGGGGGCCCGCGGAGUGGGCAAGUCCGCAUUCCUGCAGGCCUUUCUCGGCCGCAGCCUGGGGGACACCAGGGAGCCCGCGGAGGGACGAGCCAUCUAUGCCAUCAACACGGUGCAGGUCAACGGGCAGGAGAAGUACCUGAUACUGUGCGAGGUGAGUGCGGACAGCCUGCUGGCCACUGCGCCUGAUGCCACCUGUGACGUGGCCUGCUUGGUGUUCGACGGCAGCGACCCUGGGUCCUUUGCGCUAUGCGCCAAUGUCUACAAGCGCCACUACAUGGAUGGGCAGACCCCCUGCCUCUUUGUCUCCUCUAAGGCAGACCUGCCCGAAGGCAUCUCGCCACCCGGCCUGUCGCCUGCGGAGUUCUGCCGCAGACACCGGCUGCCCGCCCCUGCCCUGUUCUCAUGUGUGGGUCCAGCCAAGCCCAGCACUGCUGUGUUCACCCGGCUCGCCACCAUGGCUGCUUUCCCACACCUGGCCCACGGGGAGCUGCACACCACCUCCUUCUGGCUGCGGGUGACACUGGGGGCCAUUGGGGCUGCUGUCACUGCUGUCCUCAGCUUCUCACUCUACAGGGCCCUGGUGAAGAGCCGGUGAGGCCACCAGGGUACUGGUGUGGGGGCCACCUGCUCGCGGGGUCUUCCUUCUGUGUCACCUGGGCUUCUGGGGACACUGCCCACUGGCCUGCCUGAGCCCCAAGGACAGCCCCCCCAGUCCUGGCAGCCUGUGUCCCUACCCAGCUGCAGAUGCCAGGCAUCACCCGGUUGGGGU